UUUUGCUCGUUCGUUCGUUUGUUUGUUUUUUCUCGUGAAAGGUUAUUAAAACCAACACACACACGAAUUAAUGUCAUCAAGAUAAGGAAAAAAGAGGGGUAAUUAAUCCAAAGAAAAAGAAGAAUUUUGUUUUUUAAUUAACCGCCAAAACUCUCCAAUUCUAUUGGUUAAUGCUCUGUACACCACUUUUGUCUUCUGGAAACUUUUCUACUAUUUCAAGCAAGGACAAGCUGGGCCUGAUACAUGAGUAGCGAAACAAGCUGAACACAUGGUCCACGUGAAAGGUAGAUUGAGCUGGUUAUCAACGUGAGGCGUGGUUUCAACCGAUUGGCAGUUUGACUGUCCAAGAAAUCAUAUAAAUUUCCAAGACAACGACACAAUCAUCACCAUUAUUGUCGUUUUUUUGAUUGUUGUUCGUCAUCGUCAUUAUUGUUUUCAACAUUUUAUACUUUUUUUUUGUUUACAUUUAAUUUUUGUCACAUAACAUACAUAUAUUGGUUCUACUAUGGAUAAGCAAAAAGUGACAAAGCAAAUGUGGGUCUGGGAUGGUGAUCAAGAAAAAAUGGUAUACCGUGAAAUUACAUAUGCUCCAUUAUUGUAUAAAAUAUUUGAUGAAAUACUUGUCAAUGCUGCCGAUAAUAAACAGAGAGAUGAAUCAAUGGAUUGUAUACGAAUAGAUAUUGAUGUCGAUCGCAACGAAAUAACCAUUUAUAAUAAUGGUAAAGGAAUUCCUGUGUUUGAACAUGAAACGGAAGAAUGCUAUGUACCAACAUUGAUAUUCGAUACUGUAUUGACACCAUCAAAUUGUUAUGAUGACGAAGAGAAAAAACUGGUCGGUGGUCGUAAUGGUUUUAAAGCCAAACACUGUAACACUUUCAGUACGAAAUUCAAAGUACAAACUUCAAGCAAAGAAUAUCAAAAAUUAUUUUCACAAAUUUGGAAAAAAAAUAUGACGAAGAUAAAGGAUCCUAAAAUCGGUGCGAAUGCAGCUGAAGAUUUUACCCGUAUAUCAUUUAAACCUGAUUUAUCGCAAUUUAAAAUGAAUCGUCUUGAUAAAGAUAUUGUGGCAUUAUUCUCACGACGAGCAUACGAUAUUGCCGGUACAACGCGUGAUGUAAAUGUAUAUCUUAAUGGAAAAAAAUUACCCAUCAGCGGUUUCAAAGAUUAUGUCAAACUUUUUGUCAAAGAUCGUCAAGAUGAAAUUGGUAAUGAUAUCAAAGUUGUCCAUCAAAAAGUCAAUGAUCGAUGGGAAAUUGCUGCCACCGUUAGCAAUAAUGGAUUCCAACAAAUCAGUUUUGUUAAUGGCAUUGCAACCACUCGUGGCGGUAAACAUGUUGAUCAUUUAACCGAUCAAAUUGUCAAUAAAGUGGCCGAAGUUAUUAAAACGGAAAAUCAAGUUGGCAUCAAUGUGGAACCAUCACAAAUACGUAAUCAUCUUUGGGUGUUUGUCAAUUGUUGGAUUGAAAAUCCUAAAUUUGAUUCGCCAAAAAAUGAAACAAUGACAUUAAAGGUGGAACGUUUCGGUUCUACCUGUUCACCAAGUACCAAUUUCGUACACAAAAUUUAUAAAGUUGGUAUCGCUGAAGCUGUGUUAUCAAAAGAAUUAUCGAAAACUGGUAGCAUUCAACAAACUGGUCGAUUAUGAUAAUUCAUCAUCAGAUGAAGAAUAUUAAACCAAUAAUUAUCAUCGAUCUCAAUCAUCAUAUUCUCUUAUGUACGCAGAUUUGUUUACAACUUAUAUUUGAUUAAUGAAAGACACACUCACACACUUUUUGUAUAUUAAUCAAUGUAUAUUUUUUUAUCAACAUAAUCAUUAAAAUUUUUUUCAUUA